CUGUGUGUGAGUUCUGAGCGUUGGUCCCAGAGAUCCAGGAAGCAGCGCGAAUAGUCCCAGAAGCUUGCCUGCCCCAUGGAUGCUAAGAUGUGCUUCCCAAAUAAGUUCGAGAGAGUGAAGAAGAGGGUUGUCUGGGGCGUGGAGGUGCCCCUGGAGCUGCAGUGGAAAGGCUGGGAUCUGGGGAAGGAGAUCACCAAGAACCUGGUGCUCAAAAACCUGUCCCUGAAGACCCAGAAGAUGAAGUACAGACCCCCCCAAACCAGAUUCUUCUUCACAGUCAUCCCACAGCCCAUCUUCCUGAGCCCGGGCAUAAGCUUCACACUCCCCAUCGUCUUCCGGCCUCUGGAGAAGACACAGUACAUGGACCAGCUGUGGUUUGAGAAAGAAGAGGGAGUGUUCAGCGUGAACCUGAGAGCCACCCUGCCCCAACACGCUCUCAUCAUCCCUCAAUCUCUGCAGUUGCCUAUGUGCGCCGUGGGGGAAGCAGUGCAAUCUUGGUUCUGCCUGGACAAUGUGGGGGAUCUGCCCACCUUCUACAGCUGGGAGUGCCCCAGCCCCUUCCAGAUCCUGCCUACCACAGGCCUGGUGAUGCCCGGCCAGACCUCCCACACCAAGGUCACCUGCCAGCCACUCUUAGCCACCGUCUAUGAAGGGCAGGCCACAUGCUGGUAUGGGGAGAUCGGCUGCGAGCAGAAAAGCUGCAUCUACCUUCGGACUGUGGCCAAAUGUGCGCAGCUGUUGGUAAGCAUCGUGCAGAAGCAGCCAGAGGACCAGGACGCCGAAGGCGAGCAGAAAGUGCUGCACUUCGACUCCAUAACCCUGGGCAGCACCGCAGAGAGGCAGAUCAGGCUAUAUAACCCAUCAGUGGUGAGCGCCCCUUUCAGGGUCGAGAAGCUCGAGAACACUUUGACCGAAGAACAGACCUUCUGGUGCUCCAAAGUCCAGGGUGUCGUGCACCCAGGAGAGAAGAAAUUCCUCUCCUUGUUCUUCCGCCCUGAGACUUUGGACGCCAAAACUAUGGAUUACUUUUCCAUUUUACCCUCCGGCUCCACCUCCCAAACCCCUCUCAAAGUCGUUGGUUACUGCAGAGGUCCUGCUGUCUUCCUGCAGCAAACCUGCGUGGACUUCAGUUGGGUCGACCUCGGGGUGCGCAUUGAGAAGUCCCUCUGGAUAAAGAACAAGUCGGAGUGCACUGCCUACUUCCAGUUCGCCAUUGACUGCCAGGAGAGCGUCUUCAGCAUCCAGCCGGCCUUCGGAACCCUGGAAGGCAAGGCCCGCCAGCUCCUGCGUUGUGCUUUCCAGCCCUUGGAACCCUUCAUCUACUUCCGGAGAGUGGCCUGUGUCAUCCACCAUCAGGACCCACUCUUCUUGGACCUGAUUGGGACCUGCCACUCAGACAGCACCAAGCCAGUUAUCCUGAGACCUGAGCACCUGGUGUGGUACCGCACACACCUGGCACGGGGACUGACGUAUUACCCUCCCGAUAUCCUUUGCACUAUGAUCAUGGAGAAGAAGCUGGAGCAAGAUUCGAAUGGAGCACUCAUGCUUUCCACAGAGGAUACGCCAGCCCUACAGUACCCCCUUAUACCCCCCAUGACCGAGUUUUUCUUGGAUGGCACUGGAGAUCUGGUCAUCUUCCCCCCACACGUCAGCAUUGAGCCCAUCCAAGUGGAUUUUGGGGCCUGCCCUGGGCCCGAGCAACCCAAUCCCGUCCCCCUAUGCCUGACGAACCACACCAAGGGCAAGAUCACCGUGGUCUGGACACGCAGGUCUGACUGUCCCUUCUGGGUGACUCCAGAAUGUUGUGAGGUGCCCCCGCUCAAGACCAUGGCUAUGCGCCUGCACUUCCAGCCACCGCACCCCAAUGGGCUCUUCUCCGUGGAGCUUGAAGCCUUUGCACUCUAUAAGGUGCUCUUGAGAUACCAUAAUAUCGAAAAGGACUGUGCCAUGUCCCCAUCCUGGUGUCUGAAGGUCCAGGCCCAAGGCCACAGCUUCUCUGCAGCCACAGAACACCACAUACCCGACUAUUCCCUGGAUGUUCCCAAGUUUUUUCCUGCUGUGUCCCCUGGCGAACCCUCCUACCGAAGCCUGCUGCUGGUCAACAAGGGGUCCUUGCUGCUCACUUUCAGCCUCACCUCCAAAACUAGCUCUGACAUCUUCCUGCGGCCCAGCUCAGGCCUGGUGGCUGCAGGUGCCCACCAGAUCUUUCUCGUCAGCACUUACCCCAAGGGCCAUGCCUGGACAGAUCACAUGAUCUCCCUGCAAUUCAAUUUCUGUCCCCAGUAUCUCAAGGAGGUGAAGAUGCAGAGCAGAGAGGAGCCUCAACAGUUGCAGCUCGACACUUCCCAAGCUGUGUAUUUCAGGCCCACCUGGGUGGGCAGCUCCUCCACCAGCCCCUUUAUUCUGCACAACCCCACACGCCUGCCUCUGGAGUUUGAAUGGAGGGUGUCCCAGCAGCACCUGAAGAUGCUGAAAGUGCAGCCCACCAGAGCUGUCAUCCAGCCCAAUGAGAGAUUGAACCUGAUAUGGACCUUCAGCCCUUUGGAGGAGACCAAGUACCUGUUCCGAGAGGGAAUCUGGGUGUGGGAAGCUGGCCUGCCCCCAAAGGUCAAGCCCUCUGCCACUACCCACUACCUGCUCCGCUUGGUGGGUGUGGGCGUCACCAGCAGCAUCUCUGCCAAGGAGAAGGAGCUGGACUUUGGGAACAUGAUGGUGAGCUCCAAGAAAACUCGGGAGCUGGUCAUUCUGAACGAAGGCAACUGCACCCUUUCCUACCGCCUGCACCUGGAGCAGAACAGUCCUCCUGUCAGCUUCGGGGAGCCCCUGGCACUGCAGAUAGACCCAACAGAAGGGAACAUGCCACCCCGGUCCCAGGAAACCAUCUACCUGUCCGCUUGUCCCAUGUUCCGGUCCCACUACUCCUGGACCAUCAGCUAUUCUCUCCUGUCACACAGAGGUAACAGGGCUGAAGAGAAGCAGCCACUGUGCCGGAUCUUCCUGAAGGCCACAUACCCCUUCCUCUCUGUCCUGGACAUCUGCCCCCUGGGCAGCGCUGAGGGCAUCACCCGAAAGCAGCUAUGGCAGCUCUUCUCUCUGGACACCCUCAACAGUUACCUGGAACGCGAUCCCACCCCUUGGGAACUCACCUACAAGGUGCCUACGAGGCACAGCACAAGCCAGAUCCCCCCCAUCUACACCUCUCUGAAACUCGACUUCAAUUUUGGGGCUGCCCCACUGGAAGCACCUCCAUCCGUGGUGUUGCUGGCCCUGAAGAACAAGGGUCUGAUAUCACUGGACUGGGCCUUCCUCUUUCCCAGCGACCAGCAGAUUGACCUGGAGGUGUGGGCGGAGCAAGGCGAGUUUGACAACACCGAGCUACACCAGAUGCGUGUGCAGGACAAUCAUCUGUUCUCCAUCAGCCCCAAGUCAGGCACACUGUGCCCUGGGCAGGAGCAGAUGGUAGAGUUAAAAUACAGCCACCUAUUUGUUGGUACUGAUCGUCUCCCCGUGCUCCUCAAGGUGUCCCAUGGCCGGGAGAUCCUGCUCAACUUCAUUGGUGUGACAGUGCAGCCAGAGCAGCCCUACGUGCACUUCCCCACCAACAGCCACCAAUUCGUCCCUGUCCCCAUCGGCAAGAAGCUGCCCCCACGCCAGAUUUAUGAGCUGUAUAAUGGGGGCUCAGUGCCUGUGACAUAUGAGAUCCAGACCAACAUCUUGACCCUAGUGCAGGAAAAAAAUUUUGGUCAUCCCAUCUUUACUUGCCUCAACCCCAAGGGGGAGAUCAAACCAGGUUCCACAGCUCGUGUCUUGUGGAUCUUCUCACCUAUUGAAGCCAAGACAUAUAAGGUGAAUGUGCCUAUUCACAUCUUGGGCUGGAAUUCAGCCCUCAUCUGUUUCUAUGGAGUCGGUUAUGACCCCCACAUUAUGGGGGACACAGCCCUGUUCCACAACAUCACUUCAUGGGACAACAGCUGCGUGUAUUCAAGGAUGAUGGUUCCUGGGCAGAAUGUGUUCCUGUCACAAUCACACAUUUCCCUGGGAAACAUCCCCGUGCAGAGCAAGUGCCGCCGCCUGCUCUUCCUCAACAACAUCUCCAAGAAGGAGACCAUCGUGUUUGUCUGGACACUGCAGUCACUGGAAUUUGGAGAGUUGUCUGUGAGUCCCAUCAGUGGGAAAUUGGCCCCUGGAGAGGCAGUUCCAUUCGUGGUGACCCUGAAGACCACUGUGCACCCCAGUUUCUAUAGCACAGAGCUGGUGUGCAAGGUGUAUCAGCAGGAGAAGCUGCAGCAGUUCCAACGGGAACUGCAAGCCUGGAAGGCUCAGAAGAAGCGGCAGGAGGAGGAAUUCAUUAUCACAGACAGAACAGUGAAGAGAAGGACCUGUUGUGUGGUAGCAGAGCCUAUGAGGAAGUACAAGACACUGCCCCCCAUCAAGCACCAGUCAUUGCCCAGCCAGCCAGCCUGUUGGAAUCUUCAGAUCCCUAAGGAGAAGACCAUGUGGCAGUAUCCCCAGGCCCCCUCGCCCAGCCUGCUCUACUUGGGGCUCACGGCCAGAGCCCAUUCUAUCGACUCCUUCCUGGACAACUUCUUCUCCAGCUUUCCCUGCUACUUCCUGCACUGGUAAAGCCCCCCAGGGCAGGAGGGCAGGAAACCGCCACACGAAGAAGCAGAGACUUCCAAGAAAGACCCCGUUCAUUCAGGGGCCCCUGUCUGUAAGCAGGAGAAGCAGCUCGUCACUGACUGUCUCUCCAUUGUCAUCAGAGGACUAUUGGAAGAUAGGACCUUCCAGGAUGCCAUAGACCAGCACCUUGAGGAGAAGAUCCCCUAUUUCUCUCAGUUCUGGGAUGAGGAUCUCAUCAGGUCCAAGGCGAAGAGAGGCAGCAUCAUGCACCCAUCCCACGUCCUGUGUGCCAGGGUUUCUCGUGGGCAUGAUGGGAAAGACCAAAAGGAGCACCAGAGAGGGGGGAAGGAGGCCAGAGAAGAGGAGAGCGAGGAAGAAAACACCACGGAGGGGCAGGAGGAGGAAGAGGAGGAGACAGAGAGGGAGGAGGAGGAAGAGGAAGAGUUGGAGGAAGGCCUGGAGGAGAAAGAAGAGAAAGCGGAAUGGUCCCAGAUGCCUGCGCCAGACCUGAAGUGCCAGGUGUCUCUGAAAUGGCAAUGGCAGCAGCAGGAGAUGGCAGUGGCAGUGCAGGAGGAGCAGGAGCUGAGGGAGAAGGAGACCAUUAGCCGGCUCCCAGCUUUCUCCAACCUGCGGGAGGAGCUGAUGGAGAACAUGAUCAGGAACAUCCUGGUGGAGGCGAGCCUCGGGGAGGUGGUGCUCACCUCAAGGCCUCGGGUCAUCGCCCUGCCGCCGCUCAAUACGCCCAGGGUUCUAAGUCCUGACCCACCACUCACAACGCUGCAGAACCGGCCGCAGGAAACCCCUCGCUUGUCUCUACAGAACCCCACGCCUGCGGACCCCACUGCCCAGGCCCCAAACAUCGCCUUGAAGAGUCAAGUUGACAGGUGGCGCCUCUGCAAUCUGACCGGCUGCCAGGCCGCCUGUGUCCUCCACUCCUCCUCCUCCGGACCCCUCCCCCAGCAGGUGCGCACCUGCCCGGCCGGCCGCCGACGUGUCAGCCUCUGGGUGCGCGCAGCUGCGGGCGGUGGCGAUGGAGGUGGCCCCGAGAAGAUCCGGACCCGGAGAUCGGUCGAUCGAUCGUCGUCGAGGGCCCCGGCCCCGGGCCCUCCGCUCCCGCCCCGCGACGAGCCCCUCGCACAAACCGGACCUGAGCGUUUUGUUCGUUCGGCUCGCGCACCCGACACCGCUGUCACCGCCGCUGCUGCCACCACCUCGCCCCGGCAGAUCCGGCUUCCAGGCCCCGCCGGCCGGCCACGCUGCUCUGAACCAGAGGCCCUCGGGGACUGUGGCCUUGCGGGGGCAGAGUGUAAAAAGGAUAAACACAAGUUCCUGCUACCUGUCCUGCUGGACUCAAAAAUCACAGCUGGACCAGACCUGAGACCACUGGGGCCUUCCCCAGAGAGGAAGUAUGGGGUACCCAUCCCGCCCAGCCUGUCCUGGGUGGAGUCUGGAGUCAGCAGCCUGGCCAACCUGCAGGUGCUGGCUGUGGGGCUGGGUCAGCAGCUGGUGAUCAAGGCAGGCCUCCCACCCCGUUUCUGCUCGCUGCCAGUGCCUGCUUCUUGUCACUCCUGUCAGCACCCUGGGAGGGAAGAAGAGGGGAGUCUGGGUUGUGGGGGCACCAAGGAACUAGAGGGGGCAGAAGGGAGGGAGGAUGGGAAGGAGGAGUGCUCUGAGCAAGAAGCUGGGAAGCGGGUACAGGAGGAGUAG